CAAAGGUCACAUUUAUUUGGCGCUUUUCACUCUCGGUCAGUCUGGCGCGUUUUUGAAUGGACUGUUUAUGUCAAGAGAAUAUAUAUACACAUAUUUUUUUCUAAUUGGGGCGCUUACUAUUUUAUAGACCGUGAGUAGAACACGGUGGCCUUUUGCUUCUCAUAAGGCGGUAAAAUAUUUGAAGCUUUCGCGGGAACUAUGAAACUAUUAUUCGCCGAAAUCUGCUAGCUUGUUGUUUUACAGUGAAACCGAUGACAAUGGUGGAGUGGUCUUGGAGCAGAACAAUAUAAAGAAGCUUAAACAACCUCACAGGUCCUGUCAGAUUAUGGCUGGUGUUGUGGCUAUGGCCUCUGUCAUUGAGGACUUUGACACCCAGCCUGGCAAGAAGUCUCGCAAAGAUAGUGGUGGUCCUGCUGCCAAGCCAAUCACAAACUAUUUCUCUCCUGUGCCUAAGCCGGUGGAGAAACCCUUUUCUCCUCCUCACUCCAAUAAUAUUAUGAGCUAUUUUUGUCGAAAAGCUUCCUCGUCUAAAGAACAGACAUGCCCGCCCGAGCCGUCUUUAGAAAAGUGUCAGGAGUCUCAAGAGGAGGAAAAACAAAGAAAGUCAGAAGGAAAGAGAGCGCCGUCUCAGAAACGUGGUAAAAAGAGUGGGAGAGGUGCCAGGCAGCUCGUACCCGCUGAAAGUAUCGGUGAUGUGGACUGCAUGAUAGUUGAAGAAGCCCCUGAAAACACAGACUCUGCAGCAGAUCUACAGUCUACUGUUGAUUCGUCAGAAAGCGAUCAACCUCAGAAAAAGGAUAUAAAGUCUGAAUCAGCACUUCAAACUUCUGAAUUGACUCCAAGAAAUGAAUCAAAAUCUACUAAAGCUUCACAAAAACAAAGGAAGAAGAAGCAAAAUCCUUCCGAGCCAGAGAAAGAAGCAGAGUGUGAUGUUAGUUUGAAGGCCAGUGAUGAAGAGGCCGCAUGUAUUAAAGACAGCACGGUCAAAAUCUCAUUCGAGGAGUUUCUGCGCAGUCAAAGCAAGAAUGAAGACAACAAAAGCGAUGAUGAAGGCAUUAAAACGAUGUCAGAAGAGAAGACAAAGGCUGAGCAGUUGGAUAUCCCCACAGCUGAACAACACGUAGAUUUGUUGGCGUCUCCUCUGCAGAUCUCGCCUCGAACUGUCACCAUACAAGCAGAAGUGCACGCAAUCUCACCCGACAGGGAAGACGUCAAAAGAGUUGGAAAACUGGCUUCAAUCUUCAACCAGAAACGAAGCUCUAAUAGUCCCGUAGAGACCAGCACAUCUCCCCACACUGAUUCAGGACCCAAGCUUUCUUCUCCCACCGUGAAGCGGAAAUCCAACGUGGUUCUUCAGGAGGAAGAUCUCGAGCUCUCUGUGCUUGAAAGCGAAUCCGCUCCAAAGUGCAGUGAAGCGGAGAGAAAACAGUUCAUGGCAGCUUUCAAGCAGCCCGGCGUGGAUGGGCCCAAAAGUAAACCUGUCAGGAGCCAAGGUAAACAGAAAGAAGCCGCAGAGAAAACGCCGAAUGCUGCAGGCAAAACGGCUGAUGGUGAGGAUCUGAUCAUGCAGCCUACGGUCGAGGAAACCCAACGAGAGAAGAAAGAAGCCACAAAGAAACGGCCGAAAAAGGGAAGGAUUGAAGCUACAGAGAAAAACGAGGCGGCCAAUACUUUGCCUGCAGGUCCAGAUGUGACAGACGCCGCAGCUGCUCCACCUGUGCCAGUCACGAGGAGAUCCAAACGAGAGGCCGUCAUUCGACAAACGUCUCAGAGCACGCCAACGACUCCUGUCAGAAAAACAAGGAGACAACAGGCGUCUAAUGAGGCCGUGACUCCUUCCAUAUCACAGGAAAGCCCUCUAAAGCUGGUGCCUUCCAAGACACGCAAGUCCAAGUACUGUGUGUUUGUGGCAGAGAUCAUAAGCUCACCAGAUACCAAGCAAAGUCCAAUCAGAAUUAAAUUUAGUAGAGUUAAUAAAAAUAGAUCUGCGGCAGAGGAUGACGGGGAAGUGGACAAAGCCUCCUCUCAAAAAUCUAGAGCCACUCAUGAGUCUCACAAAAGAAAACAAGCAAAGAAAUUGGUGGAAAAAGCAAAACAAGUCAUUGAGCAAAACAAGAAGUCUGCAGUGAAACAGGAACCUGUGAGGCGAUCGGGGCGAAAUAAAGCAGUUAUUAAGCGGAGCUACUGUGAAGAUGAGGAUUCUGUCAUCUGCCUGGAGGACCAGAGCACUUCCUCCCAGAAUGCACCUGAAAAGAAAAAGCCCCCAAAAGCUUUACGAAGCCUGAAUGAUGUUCUGGGAAAAGCUGCACCGGCUAAAAUAGACUUCAGGGCUGCACCAGGCUCCAAAUCUGCCUCUCCGGGUCAGGAGAAGUCUGCUCAGAGGCCAUCGGCAGUGAUUUCCAUCUUUGACGACAGCAGUUGUGAAGGCUCUGAAAAUUCCAAGGACGACGGUCAGUUUAGGGCCCGCAGGGAGUUCCUGAAAAGCGGCUUGCCCGAGUCCUUUAAAAAACAGAUCGCCAGAACGUUGGCCUCCAAGGAAGCCUACUCUGUGUCCUGUUCGUCCUUCCAGCCAGUCAGUCACACGACACAACCACCAGACGAUUGUCCUCUUUGGAAUCUACCGUGGCCCGAGUCUUCACUGCUGAGUCAUCUGAAGGAGCCGUGGGGCCAAACUCUGAAUCCACUCCCAGCCAUCAGUGGCUCUCUUGGUGUGAAGACAAAGUCAUCCUGCAGAAACGCUGCCCAAACAAGAUGGGAUUGGAGACCUGGGUUCUCUGAAAGUGUCCGUCAGCUGCUGGUGGAGGAGUUCAGGACCUCCAACCCUAACUUUCCUGCAGAGAUGUGUAUAACUCGUUUAGUGAAGAGACGUGCCGACCACCAGCUGCUGUCCACACCUUCAGAACCCAAAGCUGGGAUUAAAGAUAAUUCAAGCUCCACACAGCCUGUUGGAGGAAAGAGAAAGAGGAGGAGUGACGAAGGAGAAACGACAGCAAAGGUGGCAAAGAAGCAGAAAUCCAGCCAGUCGGAAGAGAACCUUUCCACCGCUGCUCCAGAGUCACCAAGGAGAGAAACUAGACGGUCUCAGAGGUCCAGGCUACAGGAUGGAGAAGGGGGGAAGAAGAAGGCCACGUCUGCUGCCACCUUGAAUGAAGAUGACUGUGUGGUUGUACCAGACCAUGUGGUUGUGGUGGAAGACACUAGGAAAAAAGAUCUGGUGGAGGACUUGCUGUGGACAGACAAGUACCAGCCGCAGCUCUGCAGUGAAAUCAUAGACAACCCAGCCUCUGUGAAGAGGCUGUACAGCUGGCUUAAAGAAUGGAAACUUCGCACAGACCGAGAGGAGAAGAAAAAUCAGAAAAGCAAUAAACCAGAAGAAGGCAACGUUGAUUCAGACUGGGAUGGUCCAGAUGAGUACGGCGAGGACACGUUGUGUAACACAAUGCUUAUUAUCGGACCCACUGGAGUGGGAAAGACUGCUGCAGUUUAUGCUUGUGCCCAAGAGCUUGGCUUCAAGGUGUUUGAGGUGAACGCUUCCUCUCAGCGCAGCGGCCGCCUCAUUCUGUCUCAACUGAAGGAGGCGACUCAGUCGCACCAGGUGGACAGUCAGGGGCGCGGUGCACCGAAACACUCCUACUUUACCAGCUACGGAACGAGCAGCGCGUCCGGGACCCUCAGGCCCGGAUCCUCUCCAAGAAAGGGCAACUCUCCUCGGAGGGUGGUCUCUUCUCCCAGGAAAAACCCCCAGUCACCAAGAGGAGCCAAAAAAGGAGGUCUGGCUCCAGUCUCUUUAGCAAACUUUUUUAAAGUGGGUAAAUCCACCAACAAGGAGUCUUCCAACUCCACAAAAGAUGAACAGAAGGCUGCUCCCAAGAAAGUCCUAAAAGCAACUGAGAGUGCAAGUAAGAAUAGAGAUCUUGCAGCCAAAUCAUCAUCAUCAGAUUCUACUUCUAGCAAUAAGAGCAGUGAAGAACGGAGCAAGAAGACGGCCACGUCGCUUAUCCUCUUUGAAGAAGUCGAUGUUAUUUUUGAUGAUGAUUCCGGAUUUCUAGCCGCCAUCAAGACGUUCAUGAGUACGACCAAGAGGCCAGUCAUCCUCACCACCAGCGAUCCUGCCUUCAGCAGCAUCUUUGACGGCAGCUUUGAGGAGGUCCAUUUCAAACCGCCUUCAGUUAUGAAUGUUGGCGGCUUCCUGCAGCUGCUGUGUUUGGCCGAAGAUGUGCGGACAGACCCGUCCGACGUCCGAUCUCUGCUCAGACUCAACGGCUGUGACAUCCGGCAGAGUCUGCUGCAGCUCCAGUUCUGGAGCAGCGGCGCAGACGGCCGGCCCUCAGCAGACACACAGAAACACACCCACAGCAUCUCCAAAGCGAAGCUGGAACCCGGCUGUGCCGCGGCUGUUCCGUCUCUGCCGUUGUGUGAGAAAGGCUGCACCCAGAGCAAACUGGGCCUCCUGAAUAUUGAACCUGACAAAGACAUUUGGAAACUUCUCAGGAGUCCAAUGACAGAACCGAUAAACUGGGAAUUACUCAUGGAGAGCAAACGGCGAGGAGUUGAUCUGCUCUAUUCCAACCUGGAGACUCUGCUGCCUCUUCCUCAAACACAGAUGUCUGUCUCUAAACCCGUCAGACCUGAGCUCUCUGAUUCUCUUCCACACAACCGCCCGUUUGGACCUUCACCACAGCAGCCGUCGCCUGUCUGUGACGGCCCGCCGCCCAGCGCCAGCUCAGUAGACGAGUCAAAUGAGUCGGAUAGCAGCAGUCCAAUCAAAGUGUCCAGUAGAAUGAAGAGGAACAAAAAGAGAGUCUCUUUACACAACCAGGACAGGCUGGAGUCCGAGUCAGACUCAGAAGAUGGAUUUCUAUCCCUCCGUGUGAAGCAAACUUCCUCUCCUACAGUAGAGGCAGAGAAAGAGGCGGUCGCUUUAGCUGUGGUGACACGGAAACCUUUAACUCCAGAGGAGCGAAUAAAAAGUGUUCCAGUCUCACAGUGUCUUCAGUCAGUGGCUGACUUCAUGGACGACAUGUCCUACAUGGAUUCCUGGCUGUACUACUCAGACGGCGGAAACCUUUGCAGAAGAACGCCACCAGGUGGGGCAGUCAUCAAGGAUGGAAUGACAGACGAGCCGAGGGUUGAGACGGAGACAGACACUGAGAGAUGGAUUACGGAAAGCCGUACUUUGGAGAUCCAGGCAGCUGUAGAGGCUCUGAGCUUCCACAAGUGUCAGGAGUCGGCGGCUGACGCCUGGAACAAAGUUCAGCAGCUGGGGGGGGAGCUGGAGCGGGAGGCCACAGCUGAAGUCACCCUGCCGCUAGCUCCUCAUCGGGAAGGUUGGACUUUCACUCAGGAAAGCAUCUGUCAACCACAGCUGGUCCAGCAGAGGAGUGAGCUGAUGGAGAGUCUGAUGUUUGGAGGGGUGUUUGGCACUCUUGGCAACAGACAAGCAGCUGCUCUGGAUUAUUUGCCGGUCAUUCGCACCAUCUGCAGAUCUGAACAGCUGAAAGAACAAGGGAAAGUGAAGCGGAGAUUCCUGCACUAUUUGGAUGCAAUCCACUUGGGUCUUGAUAGAGGAACUCUACAAAACCUUGCUGAAGAUUUUCCUUAAUCCACUGUAAUUGUUUUUCAAGGAGGUUCCUACGUAUUUUGAAAGGACACAGGAACACGUUUACAGGGCGUUGAGUGACGGACGGUUGUUGAGUCACACAAACAAAGACUGUCACAUCAGCAAAGGAAAUGAAUCCUAUCGUGAUAAACGCCUUGAGUUUAAGAGCACAGAAAAACCUCCUAACUGAUCUUUUGGUGCUUUAAAUGCUUUAUAUUUCACAAUGUCCAAUUUUUAUCAGUGUCCCAAAUGUUUUAUUGUGAAUUUCACAAUGGGGAUUUUGUGAAACUUUUAUCAAGUAGAAGGUUGUUUCCAUGAGCAAAUGUCACAUAUUUAUCAUUUGUUGGAGAUGACGUGUAAAAUAUAUAUAUAUUUUUGUCUAAAAGUUUUUUUUUUCUCCAAACACAGGCAGCUCUUUAUGCAUUUGUUGCCCUCCAGUAGCAUCUUCACAAAUGCGUUAUAUUCAUUUUUAGUCAUCAAAUUUGUACAAAUUUAAAUUUGGUUUUUUGAACCAAUAAAGGAUUUAAAAUUGU